CCCGCCGCCAUCUUUUUCCGAGAUACCAUGCGGCUAACCAGGUUUAGAAGGUGUUUGGAGAAGUGACUCAAUAACGGCCGAGAUUUGAUGCUGAUAACAAGAAUACGAUGUCGCGGUGUAAGCCAUGCAAUCGGAGAUUUACGUAAAUGCGGUUGGUAUCAUUGAGGAGAGUGCCAUUGUAGUGCUUCUAGAAGACCGGGAAAUGCUUAAGUAGAGCCGUCUGGCUCACUGUAAGUGGCAAAACCAUCCUGAUCAUCUCCGAGGCCUUGGUGGACGUUGUAUAUCUUGUCGCGACAAUGCGGACACCACUUCGCCUGGGCGUCGCCCUCGCCCUUCCAAUCUCCCUUGCUUCAAGCGCAAGCAUCCAGAAACGAGCUGAGAUUCUCAACUUUCGCGUCCCAGAUGUCAUCGCCGACUCCCUCCACAACAUCCACCUCGACUUCCUCGACGACGCCUUUGAAGGAGAUCUACACAUCCUCUACGGCGACUGCGAGACCACCAGCAUAACCAGCCACCACCACUCCCUCGGCACGCUCUUCAUCAAGCGCGAUGCACGGCCUGAGAGACUCGUCUGGAUUACCCCUUCGGACGCACCGCACCUGCACUGCCUCCACGCGUUCUCGUCCUCAACCUCAUCCCUCGUCGCGCGCUCAGAACCAAUUUCCAUUGCGACGGCAAUUGACAAACGCGAAAGCUACGCGAUUGCCGACUACGCCGACGCAAUGGGCCCCUGGUUCGACGGCGUAGCAUACAUGUCGGCCAAGACCGACCCAACGGUAUCAAGCAGCGCAAAAAACUCCUCCAUCGCAAUCAUCGGCGGCGGCAUGAGCGGUCUCAUGACAAGUCUCCUCCUCGACUCUGUUGGCAUCCACAACUGGCACAUCAUUGAAUCCUCACAGCGCGUUGGCGGUCGAAUCCGCACACAGUAUCUCAACAAUACUUCCCCCGAGGAAUACCAGUACCAGGAGAUGGGGCCCAUGCGCUUCCCCGUGUCGAUCACGUACGCGGAGCAGAACGAGACGCUCGAGAUCCAGGAUCACAAGAUGGUUUUUCAACUUGCCGACACGCUGAACAGGCUCAAUGCCGAGCAGAAUCCGGAACUCCGGGUCGAUUUCAUCCCCUUUAUCCAGAAUAACCCGAACACUCCCGCGUCUGCCGGUGGGGGUCGCUUACCGAAUGGCCGCAUCCCCAGCGCCGCAGAUGUCGCCGCGGACCCCGACAUGGUCUACAGCGCCGCGGCGCAGAACCAGACCCUCGCCGAGGAAGCCGAGGACGCGUACGAGGAGUAUCUGUCGCACGACCACCUCUCGCCCAAAACCGUCGCCGACAACAUCUUCCGCGCGCACAAGACCGCUGUCGAGAACGGGCUCUUCCACUGGUCCGAGGCCGGGUACCUGCGGUAUGCCCUGGGCUACGGGGACAACAUCAGCGACUACGUCGCUGGAAGCGACAACUCGCCGAUGUGGGGGGAUAUCUACGAUAACGUGUACUUUUCCGCGAGCGAAUGGCGGACGAUUGACAAGGGGCUGGAGUCGUUGCCCAGGGCGUUCUAUCCGCACAUCGUCAACAAGACCACAUUCGGACGCAAGGUUGAGGGACUGAGCUACAAUGAGACGACGGGGAAGAUUGCUGUCAACUGGCGCGAAGAUCCACUGGACCUUGUUCCCGAGAGUGCAGAGUACGACUAUGCCGUUGUCGCGACGCCGUUCAGCAAAGUUCGCCUGUGGGAUCUACCCCGGUACAGCUCGCUGCUUAGCCGCGCCAUCUCGUCGCUGAACUACAGUCCCUCGUGCAAGCUCUCGCUGCUCUACGAGACCCGGUUCUGGGAGCAUCAAGAGAAUCCGAUCUUCGGCGGAUGUGGGUCAGUGGAUGUUCCUGGUGUUGGAUCCGUUUGCUAUCCCUCGUUCAACAUGAACGCGUCAGGUCCGGGCGUUGUCCUCGCGUCGUAUACGAGCGGGACACCGGCGAGAUCGGUUGCGGCGCUGAGUGACGAGGAUUACGUCGGCAUCGUCCAGCGCGCGAUGGUGCAGUUCCAUGGGGACGUUGCUGCGGAGCAAUUCACCGGAAUCUACAACCGCCAAUGCUGGGAAACAGACGAACACCAAGCGGGCGCGUGGGCGUCUCCCUUCGUCGGCCAGCAAGACCUAUAUUUGCCCGCCUACUACGAGACAGAGUUCAAGACUGUGUUUAUCGGCGAGCACACGAGCUACACGCACGCGUGGAUCUUCAGUGCGUUGGAUAGCGCUGUGCGUGGGACGACGCAGAUUCUGCUGGACUUAGGGCUUGUGGAUGAGGCGAAAGCUGUUGUGGGGGAGUGGAUGGGGAGGUGGAUUCGGCUUUGAUUUAGGUGAAAGGUGGAAGGGCUAUCCACGGUUUGGUUUGCAUUUCUUGCGUGAGGGGUGGUGUAUAUAUGGGGUGUGGGAUGGUUUGGAACGGGCGAAUAGGGGAUGAAUGAGUCUUAUGAGACAUGAUUAUGAUAUAGAAGAUAAAUGUGAAAUUGGUUGAAAGUCCCUGCACGGUCAGUU